UUCAGGUGGUGAUGGAGUGUUUUAUUUUGAAAGCACCGACCGGAUGUGUGCUUCCUCUCUGUGCAGGCUGUCUGUUGCUAGGCUCUGCUAGCAUGAUCCCUGUGUGUGUCUGGACAAGGGGGUGCAUGGGGGAAACAUGGCCGCCGUAGACCCGUCGGAGUCUCCGAAACGACAGAAAUCCCCAGCGGUGGAGGUGGAAACAUCUGGGACCGAGUCGGUGGAGUCAGGAUGCAGCUUUUAUCAGAGCGAUGAAGCAGCAGCACAUACUAAUAAACCCACCGUGGAGGAGCAGAGACACAGUGAAGGAGGAGGAGGUGGUGGUGGAGGAGGAGGAGGUGGUGGAGGUAUAGCCAGCCAUUCUGAGGUUACUGUCGAGUCCAGUGCUGCUGGAGCUGGAGCUGGAGAGGAGGAGAAAACGACAUGUAACUCACCCGAGGUGCUAACGUCGCCUGCAAAAAUGGCCGAGGCUCCUGGUGGCAGCGACAAGAGGUCUUUCGACUGGUCUGAACCUGAAGAAGACGACGACGAAGAAGAAGAGAAAACACACAAAAAGGAGGAGGAAGAUAAGUGUGACAUCAAUGAUGAUGUUGCAGGAGGAGGGGUGAAGCAGGACACACAUGUUGAUGUUGAUGAUAACAUUACAGUUGAUGUAGAGGAGAUCCAUGAGGAGGAGGAGGAGGAGGAAGAGGAGGAGGAGACAUCACAUCCUGAUGAUGAGAAGAAGAGGCCAGAGAAGGGACAGGCUGAGGAGGAGCCAGUGGGAGAAGAACAAGUGGACGCGAUAGUGGAUGUGGUUGAUGAAGAGGUAGAGAAUGUGACGGCGAAGCCCAGGAAGUGCCGUUUGGUGUGCAAGGAGUGCGGUAAGAGGUUCACCCGCCGCGAGACCUUCAACCUCCACCGUCACUUCCACGCGCACGAGGACGAGCUCACGCCCCUCACCUGCAAAGAGUGCGGCCUUACCUUUCAGCACCGCAGCAGCCUCAUCAAACACAGAAACGAACACAAAGAGAAGGAGGCGCGAGCGAAGGCGGAGGGGCGUUUUAAAUGCGCGGAAUGCGACAUGAUCUUCUCCACGGUGGAUAAGCUGCGGGACCACAACUGCUUCAACACGGUAGAUAAGCCUUACCACUGCCCCCUGUGCCGCCAAGAGUUCCAGUUUAAGGUGUGCAUCACUAAGCACAUGCUGAUCCACUCCAACGAGAGCUUUACGUGCCAAGAGUGCGGCCAAACCUUCCGAAACAGCUUGGCCCUGCGCUGCCACCAGCGAUGUCACAGCGCCCUGAAACCCUACGAAUGCCCAGAGUGCGGCUUGGCUUUCAAACACUACUCCGUCAUGGAAGACCACCGUCGCAAGCACACGGACAACGCGCGCUCUCACCUGUGCAACAUCUGCGGUAAGACCUUCAAGUACAGCAGCCUCCUCCAUCAGCAUCAGUAUCUGCACACAGGCCAGAAGCCCUUCCACUGCCCUGAAUGUGGUAAAACAUUCGCCUUUGCCCAGAACAUGAAGGCACACUGCCGCCAGCAUAGACUGCGCGAAGCCAACUCCUCCACUGAGCAGCCUAGCAAGCAGGACCCAGCACCUGCACCCGCACAGGAGGCAGCGAGAGGGCCGGGAAAAGAGAACGCAAACCAGAUCGAGGACCCGAAACGCACAUUCAACUGCCCUCUUUGUCCCCAGACCUACUUAGUGCCAGCUAACCUGAGAGCCCACAUGCUCAUUCACGAGGCUGAGUACGAGACGCUGGAGAGAACCCCCAGACCACCAAAGGAGAAUAACAAGAACUGGGAAAAAGGACACGUCUGUCCCCACUGCCCAUCUGUCUAUCGUGAUGAAUCAAGUUUAAAUAUGCAUCUGUUGAGUGCCCACAAGUCUGUAGCACAAAGGGUGGCAACACCACCUAAAAAUCUAUUUACUCCAUUAAGCAGUGAUAAUGUACAGGCGAAAUGGAGAAGCGAUGGCAUAAGUAUGAAGUCGUACAAGUGCGCCGAGUGUGGAAAAACCUUCCGCCACCGCUCAGUGUUGGAGCUGCAUAUGCGCAUACAUUCCAAGGACAAGCCUUACCAAUGCAAAGUGUGCGGCAAGGGCUUUAGAUUCGGUAGCUACUUACAGCAACAUCUCAUCAUCCAUACAGGCAAGAAGCCAUACAAAUGUCCGGACUGCGGGAAGGACUUUGCCUUCCUGCAGAACAUGAAAACGCAUCAGAAGCUGCAUCAGGAAAAACCGUUCCGCUGCACCAGCUGUCGCAAAGGCUACAGCGACGAGACCCAACUGCAGCACCACAUGCUAUCACACAACGGCGACAAACCUCACAAGUGUGACCUGUGCGACAAGAGCUUCGGGUUAGCCUAUCUGCUCCGUGAUCACAUGAACACACACACGGGAGACAGACCUCAUCGCUGUGACGAGUGUAACAAGACUUUUUCUUGGUUUAGCAGCCUGCUGGUGCACCAGAAGAUCCACACUCGCAAGCGCCAGGGUUUCAGCCAGUUUAAUUUGUUCCCGAUGGGUGCUAGGAUGAGAGGCAGGGGCAGCAGGGGGAGGAGAGGGGGGAGGUUCAUGUGGGGCUGGUCUAGGCCAUUAGCAUUAGGAGGCCAUGGGAUGGUUAGCGCUCACUCUCAGCAGUCUCCGUAUCCGGUUUCUGCACCGAGAGAUGCUGAAUUGCACAGGAGGCCGGUCCAGCCACAGCCUUCCAUGCUCUCACCUCGCAUGGAUGCACAAGCUAGGCCGCAGCCGAAGGAGCCGUGGCUGUCAGAGCUACACACUCAACCGGUGCAGUGGAAGGUGGACGGUGGAGAGGUGAUGCCGGUCCCAUCGUCACAGCCGCAAAUCGCAACUCCACAGCAGACACAGUUUGACAGCUCAACACAGCCGGGCAUACAGCAGCAGCAGCAGCAGCAGCACCAUCAGAGAGGUCCAGGCUGGGCAGAUAGCCCUCUGAUAACUCAGUCAGGCCCCACAGCUGCUCAGAGCUCAGAGUCUUCACACAUGAAAGAGAGCGCAGCUGCUAUUGUCAGCUCCCUCAUGGCAGCCGUGCCAAAAAAAUCCAGCCCAUCGACAGUGAGCGAGAUGGAGCAGCACAGGCUGCCCAAGCUGCCCAUCACUUGGAGCUGUACACCCACAUCCACGGUGCUCGCUUCCACAAGCUCUUUGCAACAUGAUUUUUCUGUUCCGUACAUAGACGGGGCGGCUCUGUGGAGCAUCAGACCUUCUCUGCUGGCAAAUUCACAGAGCUCUCCAAUUAAGCUUGGAGAGCUUCAGCUGCCAAGGUGGGCAGGCGCCCCAGUGUCGUUACAAAAGGAGCCAUCCACACCUCCUAAAAAAGAGGACGCCACAGUGUGGGACAUGAGUAAUCAAGUAAUACCGCCGACUGUUAGCCAGCCAGAGAAGCCAUGGAACGGCUGCGAGCUGCAAAAGCAGUGGGUCUCAGGCUUAGCAGGUGUGUCCACCUCAGCUCAAAUAGACCAAAGCAGUGCUAUGCCAAUUUCAACUCCUGUUUCUCACGGCGUAGGUAGCACCUUGUGGGAUAUACAAACGCCACCAGGACUUCCAAAGACUAUAAACCCUGAGAAAUUAGUAAACGCUCAAGAUUUUCAGCUGCAGCAAAAGCAGGUGUCAUCCGCCUGGGCCAGUGUAGUGCAGAGUCAGGCGACGACACAGAAGGUUCCCAUCUCCAUUCAGUACGAGCCUCAUCGUUUUAGCCAGGGGCUGGGAACACCAGUAUGGGGCUUCCAAAGUAAUCAAACGCUGCUCACCGGGCAACUCAAACCAGGGAACGGGCAGGAGCUGCAGCAACAGCCGAUGGUUACAGGCACUCAAAUAAUCAUAAAUCAGCCUUCUCCUUUUUUCACCUCUCCACUUGCACCGCUCCCUCCCCUCGCUCUGCCCGGCCCACACCCUCUCCACUCUGUCGCAGUUGGAACACUGUCAAGACCUCCACACCCAAAUAUGUUUUUCACACCGCAGGCUGUAAUGAGCGAGAGGCCUCACAUAACACAGACCAUGUCCCUACCUCAGCUUCCCCCACGGACAGAACCUCACAAACUCGGAGCCCGUUUGCCUUUCGCCCCAGAGCGGCUUCUCCAGUGCAUGAUAUGCGGGUGUUCUCUUCCCCGGGAGCUGGAUCUACAAAUGCAUUACUUGCAACAUGCACAAGGAGAGAUUUGACAUUUCUACACUAGCAACAAGAGUUUUGUUUUUUUUAAAUAAUUUUUACUCCGUGGAACCUCAUUUAUUUGACCCUCACUUGUGCAGUUUGACCAGUUGAGUGGAUGGGCAUUAUGAAAAAAAAAAAAGACGACUUGAUUUUAGUCUGCACACUUGAAUCACAUCCAAAGUUGUUCAGCUCCAAAUAAGACUGCACAGAGUGUUGUUUGUUUGUAGAGGGUGUAUGUAUACACGUGCCAUUAAAUUAGUUCCCGGUUUAAGCAGCUUCUGAGGGGUGCACAUUAAUGAGGUUCUACGUUUCAUUUAUCGCAAAUGGCAUUUAGAUUUAGAUAAUAUUAUUAGUACUUUUUUAUAGUUCUGUUCAUAUGUCCUGAACCAUUUUAACUGUGUUUUUUCUUCAUGUACAGUAUACUGUGUGCCUUUUAUGAGUACAGUGUGCAUGUCUGCUGUCUUGGUAUUCUAGGCCUAGUUUGUGCUUAAGGUAGACUCAACAAUGUGACCUCACUCCCAAAAACACAGAGCAACUCUUUCUAAGAUACCGUAAAGAAAUGUAUGUUUUUGCUUCUGAGGAGGAGAGGAUGGGGUUGUUGUGCUCACAGGUUACACGUGUCAGAGCAUACAACGGACAGCUGACUACAUACACUAUGACCCUGUUAGGAAGCACUUGUAUUUACAGUGUUAAUGGCUGGGUCCAAAUAUCUCACGAGUGAAGUUCUCAUCAUGGUAAUCUAGGGCUGCACAAUUUUGAAAAAAUAUCUAUUUGUGAUUAUUUUAACUGAUAUUGCAAUUGCGAUAUGAUUUCUGAUAUUAGAGGGAAUAAUAAUUUUUACAACAUUAAAAUGAUCAUGGUGCUAUUUUUGCGGGGAUAUGUACCAAACAAAGACGUUUUCUUAAGUCUGUAGAAUAUGAUGUGUAGGCCAGGACAUCUCUGCAGCACCACAAUAUAAUUUAAUUUAACAUGGUAUAUAUUGCGAUUUUGAUAACAUUUCAAUUAAUCGUGCAGCCCUACAGUAGUUUGGUCAAAGCGAAAGUAUCUGUAAACAAAAUGUGACGAUUACAUGUAAAAGGUCAUUUCACAGUAAGAGUUUUCUGUAAAUUUAUCAGUGAUUAUAGGGAACAGGGAGAAAGAAGCGUCAUUACACAAUUACUGAUGACACUGUUGUCAAAUAGUGACUUUUGUAAGGAAUUAAACUUGGAUUUAUGUGAUGUUUUGUCAUUAAUAUUUAUUUACAAUGGCAAGACGAAACAUUAAAACUGAUUAUAUAAAAUGUAUGUUUUGAUCCAAUCGGUCCAGUCAAAUUCAGCUAAUUUCUGACAAUGUGUCAUGACUGAUAUAUGCUUUAUAAUUAGAUUUUUAAAAGUACGUAACACCUACUGUAAACUGAUGAGUACCAUGUAAUGUGUAUCUCUUACCAGAAUGACUAUUUCAGAUUGGAAUGUACCCAUAUUUAUAAAAAAAAUUAAGUCCACUUUUGAGUACAAUGCAAUGUAUUUUUUUGUGAAUACUGAAUGAUUUCAUUCCAUUUACUGUAGAUUUAGCCAAGUACAGAAUCCCAUUUUUCUCUGUUAUGACGAUGGGCAUUUGAGUAGCUUUGGUGCCCAAUAAGUGACUGAAAAUCUUCAUUACUACUGUAAAAUAAACACACGGUCCAUAAUUUGUAAAAAAAAAAGAACCGUCCCUGUGCGUCUUAACAUUCAGCGUCUUAAGUUUAAAAAAACAUGUGCCCUUCUACCUCUAUCCACUGUUUUAGCAUGGAAAGAAAUAGGAUUUUCCCAUGAUGUCUACAUAUUGGAUUAAAUAAAACUUGCCUUUGAUUACAA